AUGGCUCGUAUUAACGAGAGCACUAACCAGCGUAUUGAGCUCGACGAUAGGGUCUCAAUUUCCGCCGAUUUUCCCGCUGGCAGCGCCAUUAGCCCCGCGACGCAAGCGCGGCGGCGCUUCAUAGAGGACAAGGGCGCGGGGGAUAACGUGGCGGCGGAGCGGGCGGAGAUGCUUGCGCGCGUGCUUGCGCCCAGUGGAGACUACCUUCCGCGGAUCAAGCUCGGCGCGGCAGGGGGGGCUGAGGAAGCUUCAGCGGGGUGGUCUGUCCGCUGCACGCGCAUGCCCACGCUCCCGUCACACACCCCACACGCUUCUCAUGCACCCCACACGUUUCACGAACCCCUCACACUCAUACACCCGUUUCCGUCUAUCCCUUCUGCACUGCGCUUUUCCUACCUCUCUGCCCUCACUCGCUCUCUCCCCUCUCCGUCUUUCUCAACCCUCUUCCUCACUCGCACCCCUCUUCCUCACUCUCACCCCUCUUCCUCACUCUCACCCCUCUUCCGCACUCACCCCUCUCUCACUCUCACCAUUCUCCCUGACUCGCUCCCCGCGGGGCAAUUCCUCCUGUCCCUCUCGCCGCAUUUGCCAAGCCAUUAUCCGGUGCUGGGUCACUAUGCAGUGGAGGAAGCGCCUCACAACGACUUGCGCCCUGUGAUGGGCGAUGGCAGUGUGCAGCUGCGCACGGCAGCAGCACGCUCGUUCCUGUCCAUGCAGGACGCUGCCAGGCGGGAUGGCAUCUUCCUCACGCCCCUCUCCGGAUUCCGGUCAGUGCGGGACCAGCAGUCAGUGUUCUAUGGAGUGAAGGCAGCGCGCAACCAGAACAUCAGACAGCGAGCCAAGGUGUCGGCCCCACCGGGCUUCAGUGAGCAUCACACGGGCUAUGCUCUCGACAUCGGGGAUGCCAACUCGCCUGCCACGCAUCUUGAGUUUGGUACGAUUGGAGAUUGCUGGCUGACAGAAUGUAUGUUGGUGCAACAUGGACUCUGA